CAAAAGAAGCUUACGGCUCUGGAAAUCAGGGCAAAAGAAGGUCUAAGAAUGCGGCUGUUCGUAAUGUUCCUGAUUAUUUGUACGGUUUAUGUGAGCGCAUCGGCUCAGGAUUCGUCCCCAGAAGACAUUGUGGAGGCAACCUCGGCGCCCAGGAUGACGUGGGAUACAUUCAUGCGCAACAUGACUUCAGUAUUUGGGACGGUGCUACAUAAAAUGUUUCCUCACAUGGUGCGAGCCAGUUCAGAGGUGGAAGUAGGACCUGAAUGUAUGGCUGCUUAUUUCAAAGUGUUCCUUGGACUGCGCAAGCUGAAAGGAUGGGCUGUCAGAUUGGUGGAUUCGUCAGGCAAGCCCACGGAUGGUCUUUUAGAAGGGACACUGGCUUUCCUCGGUGCUUUCGACGAAUGCUUGGACACAGUAGUGCUGGACGAGACGGAAGAGGCGCAGCUUAUCUUCAGGGGUAAAUACUGCACUGCCCAAGUGGCUCCCAAGUGGUCGCUGCAAGAGCUCUUCCACAACGACUCCCACGCACACGCUGAACUGGCUAGCUAUCUACCAAAGAAAGAGAUGCUGAAAAAUGCGUUGCGCAUUCCAGGGAGCCUCCUGGUGUUCCGCUUAGGCCUGUGCGUUCCUUCUGUCUGUGCAAGAGAAGACAUCGAAAAAAUGGUCAAGUACACGGUCGGUCACCUGGAUAUGAAGGCUGAAGUCACAGAGUGCCAAAUCAAGGAAGACAAGCCAUUGACCAAAAUACAGAUUGUGGUCAUAGUCGUGUUAUCCGCCUUCUUUGUGCUCUCCAUUGUGGGAACGCUGCUGGACUACUCUCGGAGAAGAGGAACAGAAUCGACAAGGAAUGGCGAGAAAGCUUACGCUGAUAAGAAUCAUGACAAAACGCUCAAGCAGGUCACUCUUCCUGCCAUCGUUAUGGAAGUCCUGCUGACAUUCUCGGCGUUCGGAAUCCAGACUUCCAACGGCAAACGCACAUCCCUUGCUGUGCUUCAUGGCAUACGAUUCCUGUCAAUGGCCUGGAUCAUAUUUGGACACAGUUACUUUUUUAUAGAGAGCGUCCAACCCUUUCGCGGACUGUUCAACGGUCACGAAAUGUACUCGGACAACUUUUUCUUCUCCGGCAUCAUAAACUUUACGCUGGGUGUGGACUCGUUUUUUCUGAUAAGUGGCUUACUCGUAGUGUACACUUCCUGGAGAGAGCUCGAGGAAAAUGACGGAAGACUGAACGUGAUCCGAUUCCUGUUCAAUAAAUAUUGGAGGAUGACGCCCCCGCUAGUAUUGGCCCUCGGGCUUCUGUUCCUUAUGCCGGCCCUCGGUGACGGUCCAUUCUGGAGCGACAUCAUGGGCACUGAAAUUCAACUCUGCGAAAAAUCCUGGUGGUCAAAUUUGCUAUACAUUAACAAUUUCUGGCCUUCCAAAGAUAUGUGUCUUGUGGCCACUUGGUACCUAGCGUGCAACUUCCAGUUCUUCGUUGUUUCAGUGUUCAUCCUCAUAUUGCUCUACAACUGGCCCAAACUUGGACUGAGUGUAACGUUUCUGCUUCUGCUGGCGGGAAGUGUCACAUCUGGAGUGAUUACGUACCUGUACAAGUUGCCUCCAGGACUCAUAUUUUACCCUGACCUAGAUACCGUUUCGACUCUGGCGACACUCGUGUAUCAUAAGCCGUACAACCACAUCGGCUCCUUCUGUGUCGGCAUCUACCUCGGCUACCUGAUUGUGAAGUUCCGGAACGUGAAGCUGAAGCCGCUGACUCAAGUGAUAGGCUGGUGCACAUCCUUCGCCGUAGGCGUGGCAGUGCUGUGGGCAGCGUAUCGUUGGAACGCCGAACUGCCUCCUCCGAGAGUAGCUGCCGUCUACGCGGCCACGCACAGAGUUGCCUGGUGUAUUGCUCUGAGUUGGCUCACUUUUGCUUGUAUAACCGGCCAUGGUGGAUUCAUAGAGAGGAUACUGUCCUGGGGUCCAUUCAGCGCCCUCGGAAACUUGUCCUACAUGGCCUACAUCACACACCCUGUGGUCAUGCUCUAUCACGCUAGCCGCACUAGGGAUCUAAUCUACUACAGCCAGUACGAGAAGGUGUACGCGUUCUUUGGACACUUUCUGACGACGCUCACCAUAUCUGCCAUCUUCUACAUCAUUAUCGAGAUACCUUGCACCCGUUUGGGUGCCAUUUUACUCAGGGGAAGGCUUUUCCAGACUUCUACCGAGAAUCACGUCAACAAAAAUGGCAAAGUCAACGCAAAUGGCUCGGUUGCGGACACGAAAACGUGUAAAAUGAAAAUGUCCGCGAACGGUGCAGCACAAGAAAAAAAUGUUUUCACGUUAAGCGGGAAUGAAGUAUCGAACAAUAACACAUCCAGUCACCUGUGACAAACUCUCAAAUAAUGAUAUUUCCUCUUCACCCGCUAAAGUCAGAUGUGUUUUCGUUAAAAGCAAAUGCUCGAGGUGGGACACAUAACGAGUUACAACCUGAGCCAUCAUUUCGCUUUCAUAAAGAAGGUUUCUAUAGACUGGGAUGAUGUAAAGUCUAUAUGACGCAAAUGUGAUACGCAGCUAUGAGCGCUAACCUAACCGAAACGCAAGUCUCUCCUCAUUAUCGGCACCCGUACGUUUUCCUGCCUCAAACACUUAAUCUGAAUGGACAGAAAUGCGUACAAGAACGUAGAAUGAGAAUUGAAUUCCAGACGCUUUUAGGAAAGUUGCUGAAAUGCGACAGCGUGCAACCAAAACCAUGGACGUUGAACCCUCCAAUGUCAAAGAAGAACCCGUUCCAUCGAGUGUCCUGUUUGCUGAUAUGUCGAGCGUGCCUAUUGUCGGAUUUCACGAAUGCAUCGUUCUGUUAAUUAUUUUACGCAUGUUGUCUCGACAGAGUCGACGUGACACAUGGCAGUAUAAUGCCAGUUGCACGUUGUUACCUGGCUGGAUGCCAGUUCAGUGAAUUUGUACAGGGUAUCUUGCUGUAUUUUUAGCGACCGCGAAUAAAGGUAUGUCAGAAACAAGUUUUACGAAUGACA